AUGGCAAGCAAUGAUCUUUCUCAAAACCUAAGUUUCCUCACGGAUGCUGCUCAUCUUCUCAUAAAAACGGCUCCCGAGACUUCGGCAUACCUUAUGGCGCAACGAGACUCGCUGAUGUUCCAUAAUGACAUAGAACGAUCAGAUAUGCAGAGACAACACGUGUGCGGUGCUUGUGGGCAUAUCAUGAUCCCGGGUCAAGGCAGUGAGCUUAAGUUGGAAACUAAUAAGGCCACCCAAAGAAAGAAGAAUGUGCAAAGGAGAAGCGCUUCUAAGAGUCUAGACAAGAAGAAAGUGUCAACGCCCGGAUGUCGAAAACGAUUUAUUUGUGGGAUGUGUGGACAAUACACCGAUAUCCCCGUUCCAUCACCGCCACCUGUAUCUAGGCGUCGUCUGCCAAAAUUAACAAAGCCUCUGCCCCUUAGUGCUUCGCACUCAAAUAAACCCAUUCCUGCCCCUGAACCGGUCAAGGUUUCUGCCAAUGCCAGCAGCAAGAAAAGAGCAAAGAGCAGGAAGCAAGGUCUUCAGGCUUUGCUUCAACAAGCUCAAUCCUCUACAUCUAAGCCUCAAAAUGGACUUGGUCUAAGUCUGAGUGAUUUCAUGUUGAAAUGA